GGGUUUACCUGCAUCAAGUCAAGCAUUUUAACACGCACAUCUCCGCAAAUGGAUUUCAAAGUAAAACACAAAGGUUCAUUUUGUCUCGAGUCGUACCAAACCUGCCUUUAAAUUAUUUUAAGUUAUCUGUGUUGCAUUUUUUUAUGAUUUAAUCUGUGGUAUAGUUUGGUGUAUAUUUUCCACACCGUGGGCAAUGAAAUAGUAUGCAUGUAAUACAAACGACUCUUAUGUUGGAAGCUAUUGACGGAAAUAGGUAGUUUUACCCCGGAAAUACUCAUGCUGCUGCUUGCGAUUUAAACAAGAUGGAGCAGCUGAUACAAGCCUAUGGGAUGUGUGAGGACAUGACUACACAACAAGAAUGUUUAGACACUCAAGAUCAACCAGAGAUGGAGCAGCUGUUGGAAGACAAAAUACAAAAGGUACAAACCUACGAGAUGAGUGAGGACAUGACUACACAACAAGAAUGUUUAAACACUCAAGAUCAACCAGAGAUGGAGCAGCUGUUGGAAGACAAAGUACAAAAGGUACAAUCCUACGAGAUGAGUGAGGACAUGACUACACAACAAGAAUGUUUAAACACUCAAGAUCAACCAGAGAUGGAGCAGCUGUUGGAAGACAAAGUACAAAAGGUACAAUCUUACGAGAUGAGUGAGGACAUGACUACACAACAAGAAUGUUUAAACACUCAAGAUCAACCAGAGAUGGAGCAGCUGUUGGAAGACCAAGUACAAAUAGUGCAAGCCUACGAGAUGAGUGAGGACAUGACUACACAACAAAAAAGUUCAAACACUCAAGAACAACGAGAAACAAGUGAACAUGCUGAGUCAGCUGUAUCAUCCUUAGUCCAUGAAGGGACGAAUAAGGAUUUUGAUGGGGAAAUUUCUGAAGAUACAGAUAGUGACACCUCAUCCUCCUCCUCGCUUUUUUCACAUGCCACCGUGAUUGAAAAUGAUGACGAUGAGGGUUUAAACCGAACAGCUAUCUUCAAAACCAAAGAUGAACUUUUACUAGAGGAUCUUCCUGCGGUGGAGGAGCUGACUGUGUCAUUACCAGAUGCUGUUGCGCUAACACCAGUAGGAACAGUAUCCAGCAUUAUACAGAAGCUUGUAAUAAUCCAGUCUCUGAAAGACACAACCCCUUUGACCGAUGACAGCAUCAUCUUUCGAGCUGAUCGACUAGCUUUGGGCAAGGUUUUUGAAACUUUCGGUCCUGUAUCCAGUCCCCUCUAUGUUUUGCGUUUUAACUCGCCAGAGGAAUUGAGCAACAAGGGGCUGACACUUGGAUUGACCGUUUAUUGUGCACCAGAUAUGGAAGAGUACACAGGAUACAUUCUCAUUCAACAUCUUAAACUUUUAAAGGGCUCUGAUGCAUCCUGGAAAAAUGACCAAGAACCUCCAGAAGAGGCUUUGGACUACAGUGAUGACGAGAAGGAGCAGCAAGCUAAAAAAGCAAAAAACUCCAGAAAGAAGAAGAAAAACUACAAAGAAAACCAUGCUCAGGGCACUGCACACCAUGAGCAGCAUCGCCAAGGUGUCGCAGGUGCAACACAAACACAUACUGGGGCUCAGUUCAGCCACCAGAACUUGAACAAUAUCCAACCAGCCUUUCCUCAUUCUCAUCCACCGCCUCAGCACACACAUUUUCCUCCUAUGUACCCCCCAUCGCCCUACCUUUACCCACCCCUUCCUCCACCUCCAAUUGCUUUUCCUCUUUACCCACCACCUCCAUCGUUUUUUACUCCAUCAUACUCCUCCGCACCCUGGCUACAUAAUGUCCCUUUCUCACAAAUUCCUCCACCGGCCCCUCCUCCUGAGUGAAACUUAGCUUACUGUUGGGAGUUUCAUAUACUCUAUAUGUAUACUGUCACCUGGAGUUAUUACAAAACCCAGUACAAAAAUGUGUAAAUUAAAAAUAUUUUCAAAAUGUACAUUUUUAGAGGAUGGACUUUUUUCUAAUACAGUGACUAUUUGUAAUAUUAAAUGUGUAGAGAUGCUGCAAGUUUAGGAAACUUUGCAAAGGUAAUUUACAAAGAGUAGAGUCAUUUUUGGAACAGGGAUGUUCCGAUCGAUCGUCCGCCAGUCAGUAUUGUAUUUAUUUUUAGUCCCCCAGCUGACAAGCGGCUAGAAGCUACUUACAGUAUGUCUCCAUAAACCUUGUGGAGCCGCUCCUUCAAGUUAAUAAUAAUCACUGCAAAUAAAUUGCAUAUUUUAGUAUCUUAGGUAUCAUUAUCACUGGAGGACAAGGCUAAACAUGUUACACCCCGAGAGACGGCAUGGUAAUAUACAAGCUAACUGCUGAGAUCGCCUCAAACAAGUAAAAAGUAUUUAGUAAAGUAUAAGAAGUGUAGCUAGAACCACAUUACAGCAGAAAGUAAACAGAAAUGUAAUAAGAGUCUAGAGAGAGGAUAAUAUAACAACUGUUGGUUGUCACAGUCAGUAAGAGGAGGGCGGAUCAAUCCAUAAAUUGAUGGUGUCGAUACCAAGGGUAGUGUCAGUAUAUGAUCCCUACUAGAGGGAUUAGGUCGAUAUUUUUAUUUCCACAAAAUAUUUUUUUGGGAUUGUUUUUGUUAGUAUUGUCAGCUCAGGUAAUACUUCCCUAAACACAGCAGGACUUUGAGGGCAAAAACCCAAAGAUUUAAACGAGUAGUAAAUUAGUAGUUUUUGAUUUUGUCUCGCUAUUGUUUACAAUUGACUUUAAUUUGCUCAAACAAUUGUAUGUAAUAAAAGAAAAUUAGGAACUAGUUGAAAUAUUGUGCUGAUAUUGUUAAACUUUCAACAGUACAGACCAUAAAUAAACUGAAAUAUUUAUAGUUAACAAAUGUUAUCAAUAUUGGUAGCAGCUGAUCUCACUCAUUGAUGAUCAACCCUGAUCGGAACAUCCCUAACUUCGAAUGCAAUUGUGUGUGUAUAUACAAUACAAAUUGGGUGCAAAUGUAUUUUGUUUUCCAAAGAUAAAACAUGUUUUCAUGCAAUUAAAAAACAGUUGUAUCUAUUACCAAUCAUUAAAAAUAUCUAUACACUGUACUGUAUCUGCGUAGAGACUUAUUCCCUGAUAAUAGAUUUCAGAUUGUAUUGUUGCUGUUCUAGCUAACAAAACGACAAUGAUGUAAAAAAUAAACAUUAAAUAUGAUUUUAAAUUAAUUUGUGUUUGAUUAAAGGAACUUUGAUCCCCUACCCGCCUGCAAGCAUUCUGGAACAAAUUUUAGCGAUAUUACGGAGAUGAAAGAAGGCCGUUUUAGUAACACUCUUAAUGUGUGACUCAAACGAGAGAGUUGGGUCGAAGAUAAUACCCAGAUUUUUUACCGAGUCGCCUUGUGUAAUUGUUUGGUUGUCAAAUGUUAAGGUGGUAUUAUUAAAUAGAUGUCGGUGUCUAGCAGGACCGAUAAUCAGCCAAGGCACCCCUGAUAUACAGUAUAUGACAUUAGCCAACAGCAGAAGGCCAUAGAGGGCCAUCUGUUUCCUCUGCACAAUAGGCAUAAAAUCCUCAUUUAUUGUGGUUAUAUUGUUUUUGUAUUGGUUUUCUAUUCAUUUAUUCUUUGUUUUUAUUCAGUCAUUGGUGUAGCAUAAUAUUGUUUUUAAUAUUGUUUUUAACAUGGCUGUGCAGCACUUUGGAAACAUUCUUGUUGUGUAAAUGUGC